GAUAUAUUUGACAGUGACUGGUACACCUCUCGCAGUCUCAUUGGAGGAGCUGACAUUAUUGUGAUUAAAUACUCUGUCAAUGACAAGACUUCAUUUCAAGAACUAAAGGACAGUUAUGUCCCAAUGAUAAAAAAAGCAUUAAACCACUGUUCAGUUCCAGUAAUAAUUUCUGCUAUUGGUUCACGAAAAAACGGAGUGCCCUGUACCUGCCCCCUGUGCACUUCGGACAGGAGGAGCUGUGUCACCAGCUCCGAGGGAGUGCAGCUGGCCAAGGAACUAGGAGCCACUUACCUUGAAUUGCACACCCUUAAUGAAUUCUACAUAGAGAAGUACUUUGGAGGAGUGCUGGAAUAUUUUAUGAUCCAAAGUUUGAAUCAGAAGUCAUCUGAAAAAAUGAAGAAAAGGAAAAAGAUGCAGAAGUGCCACCGAGUUCAACCACCUCAGCUUGAACAGCCAGAAAAGAUGCCGAUCCUAAAGGGCGAGGCCUCGCACUACGACGCAGACCUGCACAACCUGCUCUGCUGCUGUCAGUGUGCAGACGUGGCGUUUUACCCCGAGGACUUCAGCACAGUGGUGGAGGCUCACAAGAUCAUCCUCUGCUCCGUCAGCCACCUCUUCAUGCUGCUGUUCGAGGUGAAGAGCCCUGCUUGUGUCCCGCCGCUGAGGGUGGUAGUGAAGGACUCCAUCUUCUGCUCUUGCCUCCCAGACAUCCUCCACUUCAUUUAUUCAGGUGCUUUCCAGUGGGAGCGAUUAGAAGAGGAUAUAAAAAGGAAGUUGAAGGAUCCAGAAAAAACUGAACACGUGCUUGAGAAAGUUAAGUGUAUCCUGAAAACUCCAGGGAAGCUAAACACUCUAAAGGACUGCAGAUCUCACCAGAUAAAACGGCUGUAUAAUACUUCUCUCAGGCUGUUCUUUAAUACACCUGUCCUAGCUGAUGUCAUCUUCAAAAUACAAGGUGCAUCUGUACCAGCCCACAAAGCAGUUCUGGUAGCUCGCUGUGAGGUAAUGGCAGCUAUGUUUAAUGGUAAUUAUCUAGAAGCAAAUAGUAUUCUGGUUCCAGUGUAUGGGGUUUCCAAAGACACUUUCCUCUCCUUUCUAGAGUAUCUUUAUACCGACUCUUGCUGCCCAGCCAGUAUUCUCCAAGCUAUGUCUCUCUUGAUCUGUGCAGAGAUGUAUCAAGUAAUGAGACUCCAGCAUAUUUGUGAGCUUUACAUUAUCACACAGCUUCAGAGCAUGCCUAGCAGGGAAUUGGCAUCCACAAGCCUCAGUAUUGUUAGCCUGCUCAAAAAAGCUAAGUUUCACAAUUCUGAUUGCCUUUCAACUUGGCUGCUUCAUUUUAUUGCCACUAACUACCUCAUCUUCAGUCAAAAGCCUGAGUUUCAAGAUCUUUCAG